AUGACUACUGAAGAACAACGCAAAACAACGAAGAGGAAAUUAGAGGACUUGAUAGUAGAUCCUGACACACAAAAACCAAUAGAGGAUUCGAAAAAACCAAUAAUCGAGCUUGAUUCAAAUAAAAAGUACAAUUGCUUAAAGUCGAUAGUGGAAAUGUAUGAACGCAUAAUAUCUUGUGUGAUAUCAAAACCAAUGGUUGGUCAGGACACUGAAAUGAGGGACAUCUCUGCUCAAGGCUCUUCAAAACCAUCACAUUACCAACCAACAGCGCUUGACUUGUUAAGUAAUAUAAAUGUGGGUAACCAUAUAACCAGUAUUAUAUUCACUCUUCACAACAUUUGUAGGCAAAGCGUGAGGGGUGUAGAGACUAACACGAUGCGAAAGACCCGUGACACUUCCUUCAAGAUCAGCUAUAGAGGGGGAGAGUAUCUGGUCCCUACCGAUAACGCACAGGACGAAUGGAUAAAGAUAACGAAAGCCAAUGGGUUGGACUACGUGGAUUUUGAUCAGGAGGACAAGGCUAAUUGGUAUGGAACUAUGGGCCCGUAUCUCGACAUGUUCUCAGCAUACUCUCAAAGAACAAACGAGCUGAGGUUGGGCCACAAUAACAUGUCAAUUAGUAAGUCUAAUGGGAUACACAAAAGUUUCCCCGUUUCAAAGUAUGGCCUCUCAGGUGCUCACCACGUAUUACUCGAAGGCACUUCAUUCCCACCUGAAAGGAGAUCCUCAAUCGUUCAGAGUCUGGGCCCUAUGACAGCAUGGCUAGGAAUGAUACGGAGUGAAGGGAUAUACCGCAAGAAGUAUGCGUCAGCUGUUAAAAGAGCCAUGUCCCACAUACCCUGUAUUGAGGAGAUAAAAGAACUUACAAAAACAACAAAACAAGCGUCAGAGAUUUCUGCACUAACCACUCUCCUCGCUGAAAUAUUACUAGUAACUACUGCACGACAAGCCACUAGGAUGUUUUUCCCUUUGACGUUAUUUCCUUAUGUAUGGAAAAUACAAACGGACAAAAGAAAGUACUGUGAAUUUUUCAGCACUACUGGAGCGGCCGAAUAUGAACCACUUCUCGCAAACCAUUUGAAAGAAAAUGCAAAUAAAUGGAGUGGUCAUGUUGGUGGUCAUCAAAUUGACAUUCUCGAUUGUCGCGGCCAAUCAUACGGUAAUGCUGCAAAUAUGAGCGGCAAAUACAAAGGCAUGCAAACUCUGAUUUUGGAGAAAAAUCCUUUAUCAGUGUUUGUACCAUGUUGUGAUCCUACUGAAAAUCAAAUAUAUAACCAGGUGAAAGAUAGUCCAGCGCCAGACCAGUUCAUAUCAGCACCUUCUUCCGUAGUACCGACUGCUAAACGUCCGAGUCGAUCUGGUUCCCGGCCUCGCAGCUGGCGAGUUACUUCGUUUGAAGAUAAGCAGCAUACGUACCCUGAACGAUCUGUUAAAUCGGUAAGAGAACCAAUUGAUUACUUUGAUGACCAGUUUUAUGAAAUGGUCUGUACUUGCACAAAUUUAUAUUAUUUGAGAAAGACUGGAAGUGAAUUAAAAACUACAAAAUCUGAGAUACAGAAACUUUUUGGUAUUCAUAUUUUAAUCGGAUGUAUUCCAUUCCCGAGGCUGCCUAUGUACUGGCGUAGUGGCAUUUCCCUAGACAAAAUAACUAGCAAAAUGAGCCGUGUUCGAUUCUUACAAUUGCGAAACGCACUGCAUGUAGUAAGCACUGAUACUGCACCACCUCAACAGGCAACAAAUCCGUUGUGGAAAGUCCAACCUAUGAUAACUCAAGUUCGCAAUGGUUGUUACAAGCAAGAACGGGUUCCAGGGUACUAUUCUAUUGAUGAGCAGAUGAUUCCAUUCACUGGUCGAUGUCCAUUGAGGCAAGUUGUUAAAAAUAAACCAGUUGGUCUCAAAAACUAA